UCUCCAAGAAACACUCCACCUACCUCCAAAGAACAAUCCAAACCAAUCUCUCUUCCAGGGAAAAAGGUCAUCCAAUUUUAAAAGUCAUCGUAGUUGCAUUUGAAAAAAAAAAAAAGAAAUCCCAAAUGGUUUUCUCCGGUGCACCCGCGAUCGACGGAGGACCCGAACCCGAUUCGGAAUCCUCCCUCCUCCUCCACUCCCCUUUGAAACCGGCUAUUCCCGAAGACAAAUUCCAUUUGGCCUACAUCAUCUAUUUCACGUUAGGCGUCGGAUUCCUCCUCCCAUGGAAUGCCUUCAUCACUGCCAUCGAUUACUUUUCCUACCUCUACCCCGACGCUUCGGUCGACCGUGUCUUCGCCGUCGUUUACAUGGUGGUCGGCCUCUGCUGCCUCUUGAUCAUAGUGUUCUAUGCCCACAAGAGUGAAUCUUACGUGCGGAUCAAUGUUGGGUUGGGCCUGUUCGUGGUUGCCCUGCUCGUUGUGCCCGUUAUGGAUGCGGUUUAUAUAAAGGGUCGGGUCGGGUUGUAUGACGGAUUUUACGUUACAGUCGGGGUUGUCGGUUUGUCGGGUAUAGCAGAUGCGCUUGUUCAAGGUGGGCUCGUUGGGGCGGCUGGUGAAUUGCCUGGACGCUACAUGCAGGCUAUUUUUGCAGGAACUGCCGGUUCUGGGGUCCUUGUUUCAGUGCUAAGGAUCCUAACCAAAGCUGUAUUUCCUCAAGAUGCUGAUGGCCUGAGAAAAAGUGCCAAUCUUUACUUUUCUACUAGCAUUGUGGUUAUGUUCAUAUGCAUAGUCUUGUACAAUGUGGCUCACAGACUUCCGAUUAUGAAGUACUAUGAGGAGCUGAAGACUGAGGCUGUUAAGGAGGAGAAAGGUCCUGUUACCGGGCCUGUUUGGAGAGCAACCUUGUGGAAUAUAGUGGGAACAGUUAAAUGGUAUGGAUUUGGGAUUGUACUCAUAUACAUUGUGACUUUGUCUAUAUUUCCAGGAUACAUCACAGAGGACGUGCACUCAUUGAUUCUCAAGGACUGGUAUCCAAUUCUCCUUAUUACAGGCUACAAUGUGUUUGACCUGGUUGGCAAAUCAUUGACUGCAGUUUAUCUUCUUGAAAAUGCAAAGGUUGCAAUUGCUGCUUGUGUUGUGAGGUUACUGUUUUUUCCCCUCUUCAUAGCUUGCUUGCAUGGUCCUCAGUUCUUCAGGACAGAGAUUCCUGUCUCAAUACUGACUUGCCUUUUAGGGCUAACUAAUGGCUACUUGACGAGUGUGUUAAUGAUCCUGUCUCCCAAAUCUGUUCAGAUACAACAUGCAGAGACUGCGGGCAUUGUUAUGGUAUUGUUUCUAGUUGUUGGUCUGGCAUCAGGAUCAGUCAUAAGUUGGUUCUGGGUCAUCUGAUAUUCAAGCAUUUUCUUACUUAGAUUAGCCAGAUCCCACGAACAGGUGGUUGGCGUGGAUAUGUCUUAAUGGUGUUUUUACCUUUGUCAAGCUGUCUAAAGGUCACUGUUAGUAGCAUUGUUUUUCUUCAAAUUGUAUGAUGGAUCCUGUACCUAAAGUGUGCAUGUCGGCUGUAUUUGUAUGCCUGUAUCUUAACAACCAAUUGAAAAAAACAAAUUGAAACAUUUGGUUAUUAUCCACUUUUAGUUUAGUUUGCGGCCAGUUUUAGGUUUAUGAUGAUUGAAGCAAAUAUUGUUAUGGAAAUGAAGAUUAUACGCAAAUUGGAUAUUA